AUGUCGAACCCGUUCGAGCGCGUCGGUGACGGGAUGGAGACGGGGAUGAACCCGUUCGGGCUCGCGAGCGAUGGCGCGCGCGGGCGUCGGACGCCGAGCGCGGAGGAGUUUAGUAACCCGUUCGAGGGGGGGGGGGCGUCCUCGAGCGCGGCGGCGGCGAGCGAAGAGAUCGAAUUGCCGACGCCGGGGAAUAACGCGUACGCGGGCGUGGACGCGCGCUCGACGUUCGGGGCGUAUGAUGUCGGGAGUGGUGGAGGGGUCGGCGCGGCGGGACGAAACGCGGCGGCUUCGGUGCCCACGCCGGGAGGGAGCGCGUUCGGUGGUGGGUCGGCGUUCGGUGGCGCUGGGGUCUCUUCUUCGGCUCUCGCGGCGCAGCAAAGAGAUCUCGAGCGACGCGAGGCGGAGGUUGUCCGACGCGAACGCGAUUUGGAGGUGAGGGAGCGAAAUGUACGCGGGAGCGGCGCGGGCGGGCAGACGUACAAUUGGCCGUUCAAGUGCUGGGCGAUUGCGUAUCACAAUAUCGCGGCGGAGAUUCCGCAGGAACACAAGCGUUGCGUGCAGAUGUGCUACCUCGUGUAUUGCAUCUUCGUCCUCGCGUUGUUGUGCAACUUCAUCGUCGUCACGUUCAGACUCUUCGCGGACCAGGAGUUUUCAUCUUUCUUGAUGGCGUUCAUCUACACCGUCUGCGGGAUCCCGGGAGCGUAUUACUUGUGGUAUCGACGGGUGUACAACUCGUGCAAGUCGAACCGCGCGUUCGGGUUCCUGUGGUUCUUCUUAAUGUUCAUGGUGCACAUCAGCUUCGUGGUCUUCGCCUCGGUCUCCCCGCCCGGUUUGUUCGGCGCUGAGCAAAUGUCGCUGUGCGGUAUCAUGAAUUUUAAGCAGGCAAUGGAACGGGACAAAGUCUUCGGGUACAUGCAUGCCGUGGUGAUGAGCAUGUUCAUGUUAGACGCUUGCUUGGCUGUCAUUUGCAUUCGCUUGGUGUACACAUCCUUCCGGGGAGGCGGACACACCAUGGAGCAAGCGCGCGCCGAGGCGUAUCAGGAAGGCAUACGGGCGGCUGCGACGAGCGGCGCUUUCCGCGGUCCGGGCGCGGUUUAG